AUGACAGUAACCAAUAAAAGUCACCCAGAAGAGUUCAUUCUACUUGGCUUUGCCGAUCGUCCUUGGUUGGAACUUCCUCUUUUUGUUAUUCUUCUGGUAACAUAUCCACUGGCUAUGAUGGGAAACAUUGCCAUCAUUCUGGUGUCCAUAUUAGACCCCUGUCUCCACAGUCCCAUGUAUUUCUUCCUCACCAACCUCUCCUUUCUGGACAUUUGCUAUACCACAAGCAUUGUGCCUCAGAUGCUAACUAACCUAGGGGGUUCCACAAAGACCAUCAGCUACAUGAGGUGUGUAGUUCAGCUUUAUUUUUUCCACACAAUGGGGGCCAUUAGCAUGUAUCUUCAACCACCCUCCUCUAUUACAAAAGACCGACCCAAGUUCAUGGCUCUCUUCUAUGGAGUCGUGACUCCUACUCUGAACCCUUUCAUCUAUACCUUAAGGAAUAAGGAUGUAAAGGGGGCAUUAGGCAACCUAUCCAGAAACAUUUUUAGUUCAAAGUGA